ACUUCUGAAAAUUGUGCUCGCCAAUUAAGUUAUAAGCAUUUCUUUUAAGUAUUUGCCAAGACACAGGAAAACAAAAUCAGAAGCUGUAUGCAUUUGGUUUGACCAGUGUGUUGCAACAUGUGAUUGAAAGCAGGACCACGAGACCUGAGUAGGGCGAGUGUGAAUUGGCCGUAGUGUUCUCCCCAUGUGAAUAAUGUCGUAACUGUAAAUGAUGUGAAGGUUAUUUUAGGUAAUAAGAGAUGUGUUUGAAAAACAGCUUGAGAAGGUAAAAAGGAAAAAGAGAGCCUUGGCAAUAACGGGUGAAGUCUAUAAAGUUGAGGUGACUGUGUGGUUCCCACCUUCAACCAUGCUCUUACGUGCCAUCAUCAUAGCUCAGGCACCAGAAGGCUUUAAUUCUUCAUGUUAAAAAAAUAAUGGGAGAGUACCCCAGUUGCUUAUUUGUAUAAGCGCUCUAGAACAACAAACAAUAAUAAGUAGAAAACAUUUGUACAAAAGAAAAUUAAUGAAAAUUUCAUCAGGUAAUGAACCCUUGCCAAUCACACAUUAAACCACUCUCUCAACCCGUUACACGGGUGGGGAAACUUAAACCUGCCUGGCACUGCUGUCCUCUGAGUCACCACAAUCAUGCAGCCCUAUUCGUAAUUAGGUUUGUGAAAACUAUGCUAUGCCACUCUGAAGAGUAUAUAUAUAUAAUUACUCUUUAGUAUACAUUCACUUAAUCUGCUCCCGAUGGAGUUCAUGGCAUUCACAGUCUACACUCAUGCUAAAACAUCAACCUAGGUUUCCAUGCCAAGGAUGCGACCGAGAGUAAUCGAGAGUGUAAAGGCACGUCACAGUGUGACGUCUAACACCUGCAUCUGAAUUGAUAAUCACUCCGAUGAUGUCUAUACCUGACCGCGAGGAAAUCAGAGAGAGUGUGUGUGAGUGUCAUGCCUGGACUUUAUUUCAAUUAAAGUCUCUCUAAUUGUUCUCUCUUUUUUCUUGCAUAAAAUUACGAAGCUUCUUUAAUAAAAAGUUCUUUCUCACUGGGCUGGAUUCGGGUUGUGCAGAAGGAGAGAAACAAGUGUCUCUGCAAAGGUAACGUCAUCUCAGAGAUCCACUCCAGGGGGUGACAUGCAUUUUGACGGAGUUGUACAAGCGAUUAACCCCUUCGGCCUUUACCAGAAGCGGGUGUAUUAUCUCCUUUGCUUUCUCGCAAUACCCGAUCCUCUUUUCCUCUUGGGAUCAGUCUUCUUGUUUGCCACGCCAGAGCACAGGUGCGCUGUUCCAGGUGCGGACAACGAUACCUGGGAAAGCCAGGGACUCGAACAUGACGACCUGGUGAGGAGGACAGUACCUGUUGACCCCACAACUGGAACGUGGUCCCAGUGCCUCGUCUACAAACAUGAGUCACUGCAUAAACUGGCAAACCUGGCCAACGACACGGUCGAAUGCUCACAAUGGGUCUACAGCAAGGAGAACUUUGAACUCACGUUUAUUUCAGAGUUAAACAUCGUCUGCCAAAAAAGGUUUCUUUUGCCACUGUUGAAGUCCAUAAUGAUGACUGGUCUUCUUGGUGGAUCCUUAGUCCUAGGAACCCUCGCUGAUGUCAUCGGGAGGAAGAAGACUGUCGUGAUGAGUACCCUGGGUCUUAUCGCAGUGACCUUUGGUGCGGCUUUCGUCAGAAACUAUGUCGCUUUUGCGGUCCUUCAAUUUUUUAGCGCCUUUUUCGGAAUGGGAAAGUUUCUAGCAUCAUUUGUAGCAGGCAUGGAGCUUGUGGGGCCUCAGCACCGAACACUUGCUGGCAUCGUGAUUGAGCUCUUCUGGUCCAUGGGCCUUUACAUCAUCCUCUUGAUGGCCUACUUCAUUCGGAAAUGGAAUCACUUGCAGCUGGCUCUGUCAACUGUCAGCAUGAUAUUUAUUCCAAUCCUCUUUUUUAUUCCCGAGUCGCCCCGCUGGCUUUUGUCACGUGGUCGCAGACAGGAAGCGUCCGCCAUUGUGCGUCACGCUGCGCACGUCAACAAAGUCGUCGUGUCUGAGAAGGUCCUCAGCCUGCAAGACUUGCAGAAAGACGGUCCAGGUGUCAAGUUCUGGCAACUGUUCACCCACCGGCGUCUGCUAGUCCGCUGCCUCAUCGUCUUCUUCAACUGGUUCGUCGUAACAGGUGUUUACUAUGGCCUGGGUCUGAACGUGGGCAGUCUGUCAGGUGGCAUCUACAUUAACUUCCUGUACGCCAGCAUCGCCGAGACCUUGUCCUACGUGUUGUGUCUGGUGCUGCUCAACCGCAUCGGACGACGGACGCUGCACUGCUUCACCAUGCUGCUGGGCGGCAUCUCGUGUGUGGCCAUCAUCCUACCCAUCAUCUUCGGCGACCAGAACACAGCCUGGGUGGCCACUGCGCUCUCCAUGGUUGGCAAGUUCGGAAUCUCUGCUGCCUUCUCCAUUAUUUAUGUGUACACCGCCGAGUUGUUCCCCACUUUUGUACGAAACUCCAUCAUGGGGGCCAGUUCUGUCAACGCUCGUUUCGGGUCCAUUGCCUCUCCUUAUAUUAACUCACUGAGUUAUUAUGUCGGUGGCAGUAUCGGAGUAGCUCUCCCUCCUCUCAUAUUCGGAGGAUCUGCGAUUGUAGCUGGUCUUGCGUCACUAUGGUUACCAGAAACUCAUCUUCGGCAGCUUCCGGAAACUAUCGAAGACGCCGAAAGCUUUGGAAAAAAAAAAGACAAGAACUCGUAUGACCUUUCACAGACAUCGGAGGAAAUCAACAAGAAAGAUAUUUCCAAUCAUAUUUAAUAAGGAUCAAUCUGGCCUUUUACUAAAAUGGUGUCCAUGGUGAAUGCAGAUACAGCUGACAAUCUCAAAGUUUCAUCUUCGUUGCUUGUGACAGAGUUCAACAAGAAAAUGUUAAAUAUGUUGACAAUGCCCUUUCGUUUCCAGAAAAAGGACAAGAACUCGUAUAAUCUUUUACAGACAUGGGUGGAAUUAUCCAACAAGAAAGAUCUUUGCAUACAUAUUUAAUCAACAGUGAUGUGAAAUUUAAAUAAAAUGGUUUAUUUGUCCAAGACAGUAAUCAGCUUCCAGUGUCAUCAUUUACAAAUUUCAGCUUGAUUGUUUGUGUCAGAGUUAACAAAUGAGAAUAAAAGUAUUCAGGUAAAA